AUUUUUAGCCGAAAUGCCAUGCAGCAGCAGCAGCAGCAGCAAGUAGCAGGACGAGGCAGGAACAGCUGUGGAAGGUAAACACAGGACGGGACUCUCGGGUGGGUCAAGGAAGAAUGACAUGGCAUUUCAGAUGAUUCCUCCAAGACUGUCAUCCUCUCCGCCACCCCUGGACUCCCUCCCGCCUGUGGCCUGUCCAGGAGUGGAUGAGGAUGAUGAAUUUGAUCACUUCUCAUCUCACAAUGCUUCUUUUGACAUCACAGUUAAAGAAACAAGAGAUCAGACGCCAUGCUGUGUGGGCAAAACUUGCACUUCAUACUUGCCUUCAGUGAAUAAUCCACAACAGAAAGCCUCUGGUCUUUCAGACAAACUACCCCCAACACCAGAGUCCAGCCCAUCCAGAUUCCCGGGCAUUCGUUUAGGGACCGCCACGGAGCGAGGACUGACAGAGGGACUGGAGGGGACCCUGGAGGACAGCAUCAGCCAGGACUCUGGAGUGGACAGCUCAAAUCACCCUCAUGAGUUCUCCCCACAGCCCCAGGGGGAUGGCCACCCAUGUUCUCGUGAGGACUUGAUUGGAAGCGACAGUGGGAGGGUAGACAGGGAGUUGUCAGACAUUGAACAGAAUGAUGUGGAUGACUUUGGUGACUUUCAGGGAGUGUGCUCUGCUGGCAGUGAGGCACCAAGGGAGUGUGUGGGCAGUGUGCAAGCAAACUCAAGUCAAGAUUGGGACAGUAGCCAAAUAUCUAGUCAGCCACUCUCCCAGGAGAGUGAGACCUCUAAGUGUAAAGAGAGUGAGUCAUCUAGACACAGGGCAGUUUGCUCUCCUCCUCCUUUGGACUGUGUUGCAGAAGACACAUUAAUAGAGGAUGAUGAUGCUGACUUUGGAGAGUUUUCUUCACAUGAAGCUGCAUUUGAUCUGCCCAGUGGUGCCAACAUUGAUGAGAAGUGUGAUUCAGGAAGCAGCCUUCACUCCCAUAUCUGUCAGCCAGCAUCUAAAAUCAACAUGACACAAAAUGAAUACGAAGAGAUCAGUUCAGGUGCAAGUGUUCAUCAAAUUGGUUCAACUACUGAACGACUGCAAGCAGAUGGGAAUUCAGAAGAUGAGGAUUUAACUUGCAAGUCCAGUAGAGUGGCAAGAAAUGCAGAGAGUGAUGCCAGUGAGGAUGAGCAAGGAGAGAAGAGUGUUUCUUCUCUCCACUCUAAAGGAUUUCUCAGGUCAGAAGACGAGAACAAAGUGGGGCCUCCUGUCACCUCAGAAGUGACUCAGACUCCUUCCCUCAGUACUGCGGAUGAACGAGGAAUGGCAGAUGGGAUGGCCACCAGUCAGGAGAAUGUGAGGGAAGAUUCUGAAGAGAACACUGUGGUAGUGCCAACUACCAGUGCCUCAGGGGAUGGUGUUGAUGAGGAACAAAGAACAGGUGAUAAGUUAGGGCUGGAUAAAAGUGUUCCUUCCUUAAAUAGUAAUGAAAAUGCAGUGCCAGAAAAUUACAUAAUAGUGAAGGGGAGAGAAGGAGAAGUGGAGCCCUUGAGUGACACUGCAGAACGUAUUAGUGAUGUGUGUGAAAAUGAAAAUGAAUCUGACUUUGGUGAUUUCAAUCAAGCCAAAGAUGGCAGUGGUGGUGGCAAUGAUGAUGAUGAUGAUGAUGAUGAUGAUGAUCUAGAUUUCGGUGAUCUGAGAAAGCAAGUGGAGGAAGGUACGUUUGGUGACUCUGAUGAUUUUGGCGAUUUUGGUGACUUUGGUGCCUUCAGCACUGGGUUUGGUGAUGGUAAUGAGGAUGAUGGAAAAGUUGUUGGGGCUAGUGAUGAUGACUUUGGUGACUUCACAGCCUCGGCAGGCACUAAUGCCAAGGCUGAAUUAGAUGAUUUUGGUGAUUUUGUGGUGCCUGAGAAAGGGAGUGCUGUUGAGGAUGACUUCCCUCAGGAUUUCAAUGAUGACUUUGGGGACUUCAGUGCCCCAGAGAACAGUGAGGCAUUGAGGGGAUUCACCACUGCUGCUGUGGAAGAAGUUCCACAAUUUCAGGUUCAGGAUGAUGAAGUUUGCAAAACGAGUCCUGUUCUACAGAAGCUGGAGAGUCUAGUCACCAAGUGGAUACCAAGAACACCAGAAGCAUUCCAGGAGGAGAGCUGCUCUGUGCCCUUACUGCAUCAGGCCAUUGAGAGUGAUGCAUUUGUGUGGCGCCAGCUGGAAAACCUGGAGUCUAGUGCUGCCCUGAGGCUGUCAUGGGGUAGUACACAGGCCCAUAACUUCUUCCUCUCCUCAGUGAAUGUAGACGCUCGCAACAUUGUGAGUAAGGCGGCCAUGAUCACGCUGUUUGGGCAGAAGUGGAGCUCCUCAGUGCCCCUCUUUGCCCAGACCCUCAGCUUCUCCCCACUCACCCCAGCCAAAUCCACGGAGGGUUCAGGAGGGUCUGGUGGUGUGGGACUGGCUGGGACAACCAAGGAGCUUUCUCCAGAUACCUUUGCUACAACCACAACUAAGCAAGGACAGCACAAGAAGAAUUCCUUAAGUGAUUCCUCCACCAUCUCCACAGAUGGAAGCUCAGAGGAGCAGAUCCCCCCUGCCAAGUUUGAUUGGACGUCAAGUGGCCUGACCAACCCCCUGGAGGGCCCUGGUCUAGAACAGGAGUUUUUAAGCGAAGGAGGAGAUAAAGGGUCGGGAGGGAGGGCAGCCAAGAGCCCACCCACACCAUCACCCCUUGUCCAACAGAUCCUUGGCAGAGGAAUGAGUAAGGUGCCCUGCCCUGCCACUCCUCUGCAGUCCCUGGCUCCUGAAGUGAGGCAGGUGGUCACACAACUCCCAAACUUGUCCUUUAUGCGCAGCCGAGUCCUCAUGUUUCCCAUCCGUGGUGACCAGUAAUGUGAGGAUGGUGUGAGGAAUUUGUGUAUGGUGUGACUUAGAUAUGGAGGCUGUGGUGUGAGUAGAAGAUUAGUCUGUAGGGAGAAAUGAGUAUUGUGGUACUUCGUAAUGUUUUGAAUUUCCAUCUUUUACUUAUAUUUUAUUAAUAUUUUGAACGUUUUGAAGCUCCAUGUUUUAUUUAUAUUUGAUUGAUUUUUUUUUUGUUCUCUUUGGUAUGAGUAUAUAUAUAUAUAUAUAUAUAUAUAUAUAUAGAGAGAGAGAGAGAGAGAGAGAGAGAGAGAGAGAGAGAGAGAAUUUUUUUUUUUUUACCCACCACAUGUAUUUAGGAAGUAUAUUCACACCUCUGUAAAUAUACAUGGACUGUAUAGUAGAGAAUGUCUUCAUAAAGCUCAGAAAAGGAUCUAAAAUU